AUGAUCUUCCGCUCGUACACGGAGAAGAAGGCCCGCGAGCAAAAACGGCGGAACAAGACGCUGGAGUCGCGGCGCGCACUCGCCAACGUACGGGUCGUCCAAAACAACCUCGUGUUUGUAGUCGGUUUACCUGUGCGGCUCGCGGACCCCGAGAUCCUCAAACGGCAAGAGUACUUUGGCAAAUAUGGGAAAAUUCACAAAGUAGUUAUAAAUCAAAGUCCAGCAUAUGCGGGGUCACAGAGUCCGUCGGCGUCGGCGUACGUGACGUACGUGUUGUCGGCCGACGCGUUGCGGGCGAUCCAGGGCGUCAACAACGUGACACUGGACGGGCGCGUGCUCAAGGGCUCGCUCGGCACCACCAAGUACUGCGCUAACUUCAUGAAGAACAUAUUGACUGAAGAGGAGCCUAUCAAUAACACCACUGCAGUUCCCAGUAUGCCCCCUGCAAAGAAGCCUGAUUAUGUAACUCGUUCAGGCAGAAGAGUUCGAUUUCCGCGCCACUUUUACGACCUAUAG